AAUACAUAGCUACUUGGUUGCGUCUCUACGUCUGCCUUUACUUCUCACAAAUUGAAAUGAUUUCAGAAAUGCCAAAGGUGGACACCAUGAAGAACGUCGCAAACAACAACGUGAAGACAUCUGAUAAUAUUCAAGAAACUACGUUUCCUUCUCCAGAAAAAACAGAUCCACCCCCUACCCCUCCACCACCUCCUCCUCCCCUCCCUCCACCCCCACCAACAGCAAACUCGGCUUCGAAAACAAACAAUGUAGCCAGCAAAGCAACUGAUGAAAUUGACAAAAAUAUGUUACCUUUGCCACUGCCAGAGGGCGGCACCAGUACGUCAGGAAAUGACCAAUCACACAUAGAAAUGCUUUUGCCUUCAAGGCGAAGAAGACCUGCUAAUGAUACAGUCCACGUGUUAAGCAGCCUGUAUGCCAAGCUCGUGAUAAUGAUAACCCUGGUGCUUGUGGUUACAGAAGUAUUGGAUAACAGUGUACCACUGCUCUUGUUUCACGGUUAUCUCUUCACUUACCUCCUAGGUGGCGCAGUACUCUGCCUGAUGUGUAUCUAUUUCAGCAUGAUGGUGAACAAGUGCCCGAGUUGUACAGGUUCAUCCUUAUCGAUCACAGAGGACGCUAGUGAUCCUGAAGCGAUUAUAGGUGGCCGGAAAAUUUCCUACCAAUCUUCAAAUAUUAGUAUUUACCUAAGAAUAGGAUCUUUAGUUUUUGGUUUGGGUACCCUCACAUCGCUUGGACUUGAAAUCAGUUCCGCUUUCACACGACAAGAUGCAUGUGUUGACGAACUGAACAUGUCACAACCUGUUCUUCAAGCUCUGUUUACCUUCCUCCAAAUGUUAUUUCUUUUUGUCAAUGUCCAGGACCUUAUUCAGUCUUUGGGAUGGUUUCGACACUUCGCUUUUAUGCAUCUCCUAGCAACCAAUGUAGCUGUAUGGAUACGACAAGUCAUAUGGGAAGUGACACGUGACUGGGGAAGCUUGGACCACGUGAUUAUUAGUUCUGAAAAAGCUUGGCCGUUGGAUGAUCAUAACAUGACUGUCCACACAUUUAAUGAAAAAGGAGAACAUGGUGUUUUCUUUACUCGCCAUUGUCGUUGGAAGAAAGAAAUCAACAAUGAAAUGGAACCCAUGAUGGCAUUAAGUCGCUGUCUUCACAAUUCCACAAUUGGUUCAAUUUGGGAAAAAUCUGCGCCAUUUUUGUACGCCUUCAUUAUUCAAUACAGUUUGAUCGGUACCGUAAUGGCUUACUUUCUGUGGCAGAACAUCGACAAGUUUAGUAGACGUCGCAAGAAAUCUGGUAUUUCUGAAUAUGAAAGCGAAAACACCGAGAAGACUAAACAAAGGCCCCAUUUUACGAUGGAUUGUCAAGGAGCCAGCAAAGGCCUACUGUUGGGACUUCUAGUUCUUGUUGCUGGGAUAAUAGUGGUAAUUCUCUUCUUUGUUCUGAAAGGUCAAAACACCCUGAACUUUGACACGCUGUUUGCUUUGGUUGUUCUUCAUGCCAGUAUUCUCGGAACUUCGACUAUUGCUGUGCUGAUUGGACUAUUUCGAAUUCGGCACCUCAACAGACAAACCCGAAGGGUUCGCAAGUUGAAUGGCCUUUUGCAGCAUAUUGGUGUUCUUGCUGUUUAUGGGUACGGCCUUUUUGGAAUGGUUGUAGGAGGCAUGGAACUUCAAAGCAUAAAACACAUGGUACUGUUUAUUGAUGGUGCGCUGAUGGUAAUUCAAUCGUUCCUGCAGAUGUUGUUCAUUCAUAAAGUUCUUCGAAGGUCCUGUGACUACGACGAAGCCUUGCAGAAUGCUCGUCCUGGACGACAGGUGGUAACGUUUCUGGUGUUCUGUAACUUGGGUCUUUGGUUAAUGGAGACUUUUACGGCACAUAACUACGUCACUAGCCAAUUGCAACUCGACUUCUACGGCAACAAGGCUUGGGGUUUUAUUUGUGCCGUUUUGAUGCCGCUUAUGAUAUUUUACAGAUUCCACUCUUCAUCGGCUUUAACGGACGCCUGGAAAAGUACGUACAAAGUCAAAAGUAAUUAAAGUUCCAGAUGGAGUACUGGAAGAAUAAUUAGUUAGGAUGUGAGAACCAACAUCUUGUGAAGUUAUCUAAAUGAAUUUUAUUCUAGUUAUUGCGAUACUGCGAAAAAAGACUUGGAAAAAUUAGGUAGAUGAAACAGAACUCUUUUCAUUUCGGGAUUUUACCAAAUUAGAAAAAUAUAGGAACUCACCAAGUUGCGGUUAAUUCUUUCUGGAUACUGUACCAACUAACAUAUGUAGUACUGAUCUUAUAUGAGAAAUUCUCAACUGUGAAAUGCAUUUGAUAACCGAAAACCGAAUGAACCACUCUUAAGUAACUCGUAAACCAAUAGAAAACAAUAAUAACCUCAUAGCUUUUUUUUUUUUUGUUUUAUCGACAAAUAAAGUAGACGAACACUAACUCUCCUUCAUUAAAAUAGUUAAUUAAACGAGGCUUAACUUCGAUUAAAGGCUUUAAUUUUCUAGGAAGACUGUUUGUUUGUUGUUAAGCACAAAACUAUACAAUGGGCUAUCUGUGCUGUUCUCACCACGAGUACGAAAACCCGGUUUCUAGCGUUAUAAGCCGACAGACUUACCGCUGAGCCACUAGGGGCAGAAAUAGUGUUGUUUAAAAAAAAACAAUUUGCAAGAAAAGUAAUAUUCACGUGUCAAAGACAGUUGCACAAACCUUCACUGAACAACAACAACAACAAAAAUUCAAAGCUCUUCCAGUUUAUUUUUAACGACAGGCUCACCAUAGUAAAAUGUCAUAAUAAAACUUUAGAAAUUACUUAUAACACGAACUGUUUCGCACAAAAACAUUCUGCUUGAUCGUGUAACCUUGGAAAUUAAGAAAAAUAAUCAUAUAUUGAUAUAAAACGUGAGACGAGACUCAUUAUACCGGUAUGCAUAUAUCUAUCUAUGUAUAUGUAAGAUACUUUAAACUUUGUGAAGGUAAGAUUAAUCUCAUCUGUGAGAAUAAGCUUCUUUUUUUUUACCAAUUUUUAGAAUGAGAUCAAAAUUAGCGCUGAUAAUGAAAGUGCCUUGAAUCACAUAGUGUUCUAAUGUUACAUUACAACCAUUAACACGAACGAAGUUGAUUUCUAAUAUAGUGCCUCUUAUAGAAAAUGUUGUAUAUAUUAUACAUAUAAAUAUAUAUAUAUAAGGCAAACUUUUUCAAAGUAGAACGUUGAGUUAAAACAUGUAUAAACUUAUAAUAUAGUUGUAUUUUUAAGCAAGUGAAUGUUUUUUUUUCUGAAGAGUCCAUCAUACUCAUCAAAUAUAAAGGGGAAAAAACAAUUACUGUGUGGAGUUUAAGAAUGUAUCAUUGUUUACUUGAGGUUUUGUACAGCGAGUUACUCUUUAUUAUUUUCUGGUUCAAUAUUUGUCGUGUUUCAUCAGUGUGUUUAGUGUGAAUUGGUUCAUGUGCUCGAGAUUUGUAAGACACAUGAAAGGUUCCAUUUUUUUGUGCAUUGGAAUUAUUUGUUAAAAAGAUAUUCUAGACAUUUUUGUACAUAGUACAGUUAAUUAUACUUUAUUUGCUAUUAUUAGUAUUUGUAUUUAAUCUAAAUGUGUUUUCCUUUGCGUUCACGAAAGAUGGAUUUCGACAACCAGAUGAUGAGUUGUUUAUCUAACGAAAGCUUUAUUUCAAAGGCAAAUAAUGGCUUAUAUGAGAGAAGUUAUAUCUAGACGAUAUUAUAUUCCAGCUUUAUGAAAGGUAAGGUAAGAGUCAGCAGGUUAUUAGUCGAGUUUUACUGUUCGUUUUAAAAUUUAUUCCGUAUCACAGUUAAAUUUUGGUUAUGUUGUGUAGUUUUUGUAGCGUAUCGUAUUAGAUACCACUAUUCAAUAAAAUUUUUAAAGUGAA